UGCCUUGCAUUAUUUUUAUCAUGGUGUCAGUAAAAUGGCGGCUAUGCCAAGCUGCUCUGGCUCCUGUGCGCUUCAAAGAAGCCUAAACAAACUCCUGACGACUCCAUCUGGGUCUUUCAGAGUCAAAACCCAAGCUGAGCCGCUGUAUUUUGUUUCUCUUGAGCGCUACGGAAGAGACCCGAAUUUCGCCGUCCGUUUCCCGGAAAGCAUUUCUGUUUCGGACAGUCUGUAUGAUGCUACUGUUACUGACGGAGACUGCAGAGUCAGAGUGUCUCUAGAGCCCAGUCUGAACGCACAGAUACACAGAAAUAAACUCUGCUGUGGCAGUGUGGUGAGAAACGUUGUGUUCUCUGCUAGUGGCGAAGGGGACUGCAGGACAUUUCACAUCUGUAGCCUCGAUGUGGACACUUCAGGCGGGAGCGACGCAGCUCUCCUCUCCCUGGCCUCUGUUCAUGUGGACUCACUGCCGUGGGUGAUGGCCGAGGAACCCAGCCUCGUCCCGCUCAGAGCCCACAGGAGCACUUACCUCCCCCUGUGGAAUAAUCAUGAUUUCUGCGGGGAAACAUGGCGGCACAUGCCUCCAUCUGAGACUGGCGCAGAGGACUCGGAGGAAGAGGAUGUGGUGGAAGAUGUACAGCCGGUAGUGUCUCUAGCAGAGCUCCAUCGGCGCUUCCUGAGUGGCUCACUACGUCGCAGAGGAGCUCUGUGCGUGCGGGUUCUGCACAAAUCCAGACUGAUGUAUUAUGGGAAAGCAGAGCAGAGCUGUGAAUGCCCGUACAAGGCCGAGCUACAGGUCGCUGACGGCUCCAUGAGUGUGUGCGUGGUGCUGUGGAACAGCAUAUGCUUAGACUGGUACCGUUGCCUGCAGCCUGGUCAGGUUUUAAGACUGUGUCGGUACAGAGUGAAGGACAGCUACAGCAGCCGGAGCGGACAAGAUGCAGAACCAAAUAUUGAGAUCAGUCUAAACUCCAGAAAUCCUACAGCUAAAGUCACCAUCAUUCCAAAACAGCAAGUUUCACCUGAGUGGGGUUUACCAGACCUGCCACAUAACUUCCUCACCGGACAUGAUCUACAAAGUUCUCCUGACAGCACCAUCUGCGACGUUAUCGGCGUGGUUGUUUUUGCGGGCCGACAAGAACGUAUCAGGAGUAAGGAUGGACGGAGGUCAGAAUUUGAAGAGUACCGGUGGCUCCGGUUGGAAGAUGGGACCACAGAUCAACCAAUCACCAUUAAGCUUUUUUCGACAUCACAGCCAGACAUCCAAAGCCAAAUCCAACCAAUGGCACUGGUUGUCUGUACUAGGCUCAAGCUAUUAAGGAGUACAGUUGGCAGUGCUACAACUUUUGAGUAUUUGAGCAAUACUUCAUUUACCCAGGUGUACUGCACAGGCACCGGCUCCCACCACGCUAUGCCAUACAGAGGGAUCCGUCCAGUCCGACAAUUCCUGCAGUGGUUGAAACAAGUGGACGAGGGCAACAUGCUGGACAGGGUUGUGAUUGGAGGAUACUUCAGCUACCCACCCCUGCCUGUUUCUCUACAAAGCUUUAUGGAAAACCGACGCGGUGAGGCAGGCCUGAUCAGUGGAGGAGAAAUGAAGCUCCAGUGUGACAGGCUACAUUACAGAGAGAGACAACGCUUUGUUGUUCAGUGCACUAUCACUGCAGCCUGCUACCACUGCAGACAGGAUAUGAGGGCGAUGCAGAAUUCAGACCCACUAACAGCUCAACUUAGUCCUAGAGCGCCCAGACAAAGAGAAGGGUCAGACCCUUUUAAAACUCCAACAAAAAGGAAAUUGCUCUUUACCGCUGCUUCUUCUAGCAGCAGCUCCAGAAAGAGGUUGGCAUCACCUUUUCAUCGAACAUCAACAGAGGAGGAUGCAGAGAACGAUUUCUCUAUGUUUGAUGGAGCUAUGGAAUUUCUGGUUGGAAAUGACGACGAUGAUUAUGAAGACGAUGAUGACGAAGAUUUCUCCAUGCCACCCAGUAGCCCUAUGCAGUCCCACAUUGGUAUGCCUCAUGUCGCCCUUGAGACAUUACCGUGGAGCUUCUGUUAUGAACGACGGCACGUCCAAGCAGCAGCUGUGGGAAUGCAGACCAACAGUUUCCACAGACUCCUCCCACGCAGAGAGCUGGAGUCCUUUAGCCCUGCCCAUUGUUACACUGGUUACUUCACCUUAAAAAUGAGAGUUUUAUCAGAUGGAGUGAUGCUGGAUGUCAUCUUCUUCCCUGCCACUCCUGGGACCUUGCACUGGAAGCCCCUACCCGUGACACACGACAACACAUGGGAGUCUGUCCUUUCACAUGGUGGCUUCUCUUCACAUGCUCCACCCCCAAGCCCAGCUGAUUUGAUUGCCACUGCAGCACAGCUGACGAAUCGGAGGCUGGUGUGUGUGCUGGAGGCUUGUGCGCUAGGUGGAGACAAUGUGGAGCUCAUCCUGAACCGUGCUUUUCCUCUAAGGAGCUGACUGCACACGACUACAAAGCUGAGAUUUCUUUUUAUUGAAUUUAUUUAUUGCACAGAGCCAGUGCAUCACACAUACAUUUCUGCUUUUUUGUAUUGGACAUUCUUGGUUUUGUAACUAUAUAAAAUAUAAAUGUUUUAUUCUUGAACGACAAGCUUUUCCUGUAUGGGUGUGUAGUAUUCUCAAAUCCAGCAGUUUCAUUCAAAAUGUGUGUAUAUAUAAAUGUAGAUCAAAUAAAUGUGAUUUUUUUUUUUUAAAUAAAUUAUAAGUAUUGAUUCUGUUUUCUGUUGAAAACAGAAAAGUGUGGAAUAAUCCACCACAUUUUUGCACAGCUUGCUGUCUACUGACUUAACAGUGAUAUUGCUAAUGUCUGUAAAGUACAAACUAAUGGCAAAAAUGACCUGAGGUGUUAUUGUAUAUUUCUAAGCUACCUUUUUUAAGCUACUUUUUUAUUUGACAAACUCAUAUGCCUUUGUAUACUACAUAUAUUUUAGUCAUUUCGUAUCGUUAUUUAAAUUAUAUAAUAUAAUUUAUAUCUUCACUGAAAGCCCCCUGUACAAAAAACAUCGUCUUUUUUUUUUUUUUUUGAUCAGGGAGUUUGUAUUGUAAUGUUUGACUUCACAGCACCUUAAUAACAGCCAUACAUGUCUUCACAUAAACUGUUGAUUAUCAGCAGCUCUUUGAAAUAAAAGAAUGUUUCUACA